CGAUCAUUGGUUAUGGGCUGUUACCUAAACAUCUGCCCGACGACACGCGUGCGGCAAAGUAGAUUCAGAGAGCAUAAAGGAAUCAGGACCCGAGGAGCGACGCAACCUCGCGGUCAGCUAUCUCCCGCGGAAUCUCGACCCAACAUGGCCAUCUUUGGCCGGCGAUCCAACCUCAAGGGCAAGAGUGGUGACAAUGAUUCAGGACAGGAAGCCGGAAGCAAGCGCAAUUUCACAUCGCGAAAGCCAGCGAAUACCGCCUUCAAGCAGCAACGCUUAAAGGCAUGGCAGCCCAUCCUGACCCCAAAGACGGUCCUGCCGACUUUCUUCCUAGUUGCAGUCAUUUUUGCGCCGAUUGGAGCCGUGCUGUACUACUUCAGCAACCAAGUCAACGAGUUCACCCUCGAUUACACGCAAUGCUCCACGCUCGCCCCGAAGACCGACUCACCAGCGGAGAUGCCCUCAAACAUGUACAACUAUCAGUUGCACGAUGCCAACCCGCAAACGUUCAACAACCCAGUGUGGGCUUGGGUCGACGAGCCCAAGGCUCCGGGCGGUAAGGCAUGCCAGAUUGACUUUUCUGUGCCGACCGAGCUGCAAGCGCCGCUCUUCCUCUACUAUAAGCUCACCAAUUACUACCAGAACCACAGGCGCUAUGUCAAGAGCCUAGAUACCGAUCAGCUGCUCGGCAAGUACAGGAGCGUUGACGACCUCAGCAAGGGUACCUGUAAGCCGGUCGACCAGACAACUGUGCAGCAGAAUGGACAGAAUGUCACGCUGCCGAUUUGGCCGUGCGGUCUGAUCGCGAACAGCAUCUUUAAUGACACAUUCAGCAACCCGGUCCUGCUGAACGUGGUUGGUGGCGCGCCGAACCACACGUACGUGAUGAGCGAGAGCAACAUCGUAUGGCCAGGCGAGAUGUCCAAGUACGGCAACUCGCCUUACAAAGCAGACGAGUGCGUACCCCCUCCAUUCUGGCAAAACGCCACUGGCCCCUUUGGCGUCCAAGGGGGAAGGUACACAGAGGAAACCAUGUUUCAUCCUUCGAAGAACGAGCACUUUGCCGUCUGGAUGCGCACUGCCGGCUUGCCCACGUUCCGCAAGCUGUACAUGCGUCAAGACAAAAAUAACAUGGCAGCUGGCAGGUACCGGAUCAUAAUUUAUGACAACUACCCCGUCGCGAUGUUCAAAGGCACCAAGUCCAUUGUCUUCAGCACCGUCUCAUGGGUCGGUGGGCGCAAUCCUUUCAUCGGCCUCGCUUACAUCGCCGUCGCAGGCCUGUGCGUCCUGCUCGGACUCCUCUUCACUGCUCGUCAUCUCAUCAAGCCAAGACGUCUAGGCGACAUGAGUUAUCUCAGCUGGAACCAGACUGAGCACUCCAAAUGAUGCAUAGGUCGAUGGAAUGAGGUUGCGCGCGAUGCAAGUCAAAUGCACUGGACCGACAUUGACCGCGUUCACUCCAACUUUCCUUUUUCCCCAUAUGGAUCUUGUACAAUUCACUCCGACUCAACCGCUGCGGCUCGUGGCAGCAUGACUGUAUCAGCUCUAAAUGUGUCACCUCUCGCAUUCUGGUUCCUUUGAUUAGUUGCGCGUAAUAUGAUAC